GGGAAAUUCUUGAUAAUAGCUAUCUACCCCAAAAGAAAAACAAAAGAGAAAAUAAAUAAAUAAAUAAAAAAAAACUUUGCAGCAUUCCUCUUUCUUCAUUUCACCACGCCACAAUCUGAUUUCUUCUUCCACUUUUUCUUUAAUGGGCUCCACAUAUAUUUUUUUGGACUACAUCUCAAUCUCUUAUUCUCCCUAAACCUACCCGCUCCCUCUUUCUUUCCUAUCUUCUUCUUUCUUCCGCCUCCUUUGUCAUCUUCUUCUUUCUUUUUUUUUAUCCUUCAUCGUGCUCCCCACCUCCUUCCUCUCUCCUCUCCUCACCCGACACUCCUUUCUCUGUCCCCCCCGCUCCUCUCUCUCGUACGCUCCUCCCCCUCCUUUCUUAAACCCUAUAAAUUGUUGUGCUUGGAUCGUUGACGGGGGCAUCGAAAAAAAGGGAAGAUCUUGAAACAAAAAAUCUCCCCACAAAACACAAGUUUAAUCACCUCAAAUUUCCGAGAAAAGAACAGUUUUCAUCAACUUUGUUUAAAAACAUUUUUUCUUGGAAUUCAGCCUAAAGGAUGGAUUUUUUCAGAUUCUAGGGGAUGAUCCAGUGAUUUGGGGAACGGAUACCAUCUUCCACUCCUUUUCCGGUGAACUUUAGCCGCGACCAACAAUUACUCUAUUUUCAUCUUUUGUUUUGAAACUUUAGUUACUUUAAUCGGGUUCGGGUUCGGGUUCGUUCGCGUUCGAGAGUAGAUUCAAGGCCAUCGACGCCCCAUUCACUGCACCUAUAAAAGGUAUGGAUUUGCAUUGGAGUACAAUGAAUGACGAAGAUCAAUGACAUCACAAAUGGAGCUAGAAGUUAGGCAUAGAAAUUUUAUUUACUUUAUUUAGAUUAGGAAACACUUUAUGUUGUAUUCAUUUGACAUGUAAUAAAUAUUACAUUAUUUUUUUUACUUUUGAGAAAAUAGAAUCUGUUUAAUUAAUCAAAGCAACGGGAUGACAUAUUAUGGCACAUUUUAUCCUUUAAACAACGUUAGGCCCACCUCUGGCGCAAAGAGGUCACAUGCAUAUUAGGACGUGCUAGUUGUUUUGAUAUAAUCGUUUACAUUUGUUUGACAACUUGUUUGACUCUACUUGAUAAAUUAUUCGCUACAUGCCUCACUCGACUUUACGUGACCAUGACUUUACCUAGAUAUGUUCAUGAGAUUAACAUCGUUUAUACUGUAUGUCUAUUUUAUCUUAUUCCCGAACAGAGAGUUGAUUCGUGUUGACGCUCGAUGGCCGACCAUCCUUACAUCACGAGGUCAAAGACGUCAUCGUUACCUGAACGUAGUUGGGCUGUCCAAGGAAAUGAAAUUACUAUGUCUGAUCCGGCCGCAUCUGUUCCAACUAGUGUAGAAAACCUCGUGAUCGCUAGCGAUCUGCCUGAAACUUCCGAACAUGGAACUGCUAUUCAACGGGAUGAACAUAUCGCCCGCCUGACUCAAGAAAUUGAGAAUCUACGUGGAGAACUAAAUCGGGUUAGGGACUUGACCAAUUUAUCCAUCACACUCCAAAAUUCACCUUCUGAACCUAGCAAUACUGCACCAGAACCACCUCGUUUCCCAUCACUCGAAUCCCCAGUUCCUGAGCAUUUUCCUCCCCAAAACAAUGCACCUACUAACAACAACUUACCUCCGAUCACCCCCGCAAAUCCACCAAAUCCAUCAUCCGCCUAUACUCCCCCGCAAAGUCAACCGCCCACUUACACUAACUAUACUCUCCCACAAAGUCAACCACCCACUUACACUAGCUAUACUCUUCCACAAAAUCAACCACCCACCUACACUACCUAUGCUACUCAUAAUCCACCACCCGUCAACCCCCCAAGUCAAUCGCCAGUUCGCACUCCCUAUGCUCCUUUACCCACCAACACCAAUCCACUACCCACAACCAUUCAUCUAAACCCACCAAAUCAACCACCUAUAAACACUACUUAUAACACACCACCACCGGUCCAGAACACCCCCAUCGCCCAAACUUAUCCAACCCAGCAUAUACACGGGGCACACUUUGCCACCCCUAAUGCACAAUAUGUUCCUCCAGUAUACGCCACAGAAACACAAGCCUUUACCAAUCCAGUAACGGUCAGGUUCCAACCCGAAGUAGAUCAGUACGAAGAAAUGGAAAAGGAUGCAAAGGCAGGGGCAGAUAACAUGUUGCUAAAAGAGAUCCACAGUCUCAAAGAAGCAAUGAGAAACCUUCAAGUUGCUAGGGGAACUAAGAGUGUAGAAUAUGAAGAUCUCUGUGUUCAACCUGACGUCGAUUUACCCGUAGGCUACAAACCGCCGAAAUUUGAUACAUUCAAUGGAACAGGCGACCCUCAUACACACUUAAGGGCUUAUUGUGACAAACUGGUUGGAGUGGGCAGAGACCAGAGCAUAAGGAUGAAGCUCUUCAUAAGAAGCUUAUCUGGCGAAGCACUUACUUGGUAUACACAACAGGAUGUCUGUAAAUGGCGUGGUUGGAGUGACAUGGCGCAAGACUUUAUGGACAGGUUUAGUUUUAACACCGAUAUCACACCAGAUAGAGUUUACAUGACUAAGUUAACCAGGAAGUCAACUGAGACGUUCCGCGAAUAUGCGCUACGUUGGAGGUCAGAAGCGGCCAGGGUUCAACCUCCGAUGAAUGAUAGGGAAAUGACUGCUACCUUCAUUGAAUGUCAGGCUGGCAUAUUUUACGAGAAAAUGAUAGGUAUGAUGGGACAAAAAUUCACAGAAGUUGUUCGAAUGGGAGAAGCCUUGGAAGAAGGAAUCAAAUCGGGGAAAAUUCAGGAUCUUAUUGCUUUACAAGCAAUGAACAAAGCUAUACAAUCUGGUUCUAUCAACGGGAUUAAAAAGAAGAAGGAAGAUGUCACUGCAGUCAUGAACGCUCAAGGACAUGAGCCGAGCCAAGCCAUUCCAUACUUUAACCACCCACAACAAACUUUCUACCCUUACCACUACCCUGAAUCCUACCAAGCUCCACUACCUCCUUACCCCGUUUACAACACCCAAGCAAACUACUACCAACCCCGAGCGCCUCCGCAUCAAAACCCACGCCCGUAUCAACCCAACCAAGCACCAACUUACCAAAAUCGACCACAUACUAUACCUAGAGCCCGUCCAAACCCUGACACCAAAAACACCCGUAAUUACACUCAGAUCGCUGAACCCUUGGCUCAAUUGUUCGAAAGAAUGAAAGCAGCAGGUAUAAUACAACCGAUUGAAGGGAAAAUUCCCGAACCUAUCCCAAAAUGGUUUGAUGGUUCCAAACGCUGUGCAUACCACUCUGGAGUUGUUGGGCACGCCACCGAAGAUUGCUAUGGGCUUAAAAACAAAAUCGAAGCCCUGAUUAAGGAAGGAGUAAUCCAGCUCGCUGAAGCUAAGCCCAAUGUGGUCAACAAUCCUUUGCCAGCUCACGAAGAUGCCAAGAUUUGAAGGAGUCCAGUGCGGAAAGGGUCAUAUCAACAACUUUUUCGCUCUCGUGGGAACAAUCCAAUACAACUACUCGCAACACCAAGGCAUUGACAAUAUGGGGCGCCUAACCAGGAAAGACUCCGAAGAAUUGGACUUGUACUCCGUCCUCGAUCCGUCAGGAGCCUUGGUAGCAUGAACAUGUAGUGAACUUGUUUUCUUUUAUUGAUGCUUGAACCGUACUCAAAAUUUUGUUUGCUUUGCUUCAUCUUUUGGAGGCUUAAUCGUGAAAACUAUGAAUGCAUUUCUAAUUUUCCUUAAUCAUCUAUUAUUGUUAUUUUCUACUAUAAUUAUCAAAUCUGCCAACUCUACGAUUGUGACAUGAAAUGAACAACAUACAUCCCGAAAGAGUAACAAAGAAACUAGGGGACAAGACAAGAUCCCACUCAAAAGAGUUGAAAUAGCCGAUAGGUGAUGACAUAAGCCUGAAAGCUAGCAAUUCAAGAAGAGAUCAAAGGACGACAUUAGGUGAGACAACCUAGUUUGCAACCUUUCCUUUAACAACCAAAUGCGAACUACGCUUGACCUGAUUCCUCGGUGGAUACGUAGGCAGCCCACAUAGGGACUCGGUCAUACUAGGUUAGAAUUUUUCCCAUUGGCAUGCAUACGAACUACGCUGACCUGAUUCUUUUGGGGGGAUACGUAGGCAGCCCACAUAGGGUUCGGUUGCAUUUAGAACAAAAAUCAAAAGAUUUUUGCAUACAUACGAACUGCGCUGACCUGAUUCUCAUGGGGGAUACGUAGGCAGCCCACAUAGGGUUCGGUUGCAUUUAGAACAAAAAUCAAAAGAUUUUUGCAUACAUGCGAACUACGCUUGACCUGAUUCCUCGGUGGAUACGUAGGCAGCCCACAUAGGGUUCGGUUGCGCUAUAACGGAAAAAUAAAAAAUCCUUACACGAAGAAAACUACACAGGGCCUGAUUCCCUCGGCGGGAUUCGUACACUAUCAACAUAUAGAUCCGUCACACCUAGAUAAAAUCCAACAAAUCUUUUACCAUUUAUAUAACAGAACUACGCUGACCUGAUUCCCUCGGUGGGAUACGUAGGCAAUCCACGUCGGGUUCGGUCCCUUUACUAGAAAAUUUUAAACCAUUCUUAUAUACCUUACGAACUACGUUCUGACCUGAUUCCUUGGCGGAUACGUAGGCAACCUAUAUAAGGUUCGGUCACACCACAACAUAAAUUUAGCACACCCUUCUGAACCCAAAACUGGGGCAUAUUUUGGAAAAGAUAUAGACGAAAGAACGGUUGGACAUCGACAAGAUUAAGGCUAUCAGACAGGAAGUAUUAUAGACCAAUUACUUUAGAAGCGUCACAAUCUAAAGUUGGCAGAAUAUUUUACAACUUACAUAUGUAUACGUUUACAUAUAUAUCUUUCCUUACAUACAUACAUUUACAUAUACAUAUUUCACAACCUAUAUACAUAUAGUCACAUUUCCUCAUACAUAUACCUACAUGCCUACCUUUCAAAUGAAAUACUUUCUUUCAAUUAUUUCACUACUGUUCAUCUACCGAGGCUUAAACAGAGGCCACAAGAUCCACACAAACAGGAUGAAUGGAGCGCCAACAAAGCCAAGCUUGGAGUCAACACGAAUCAACUUCCCCCUCCCGAACUAAGAAUUUUUCUUUGAGUGCAGGAAUUA